AUUCUCGCACACAAUUUAAUAGACAUUGACCAGGAAAGACUCGCUCCCUGUGCCAUCUACGGGAAGUAGAAGAACUUUCAUCGUUAUCGCCCUUGAAAACGGGAAAUCCCAGAUUCAGCUCUCUGAGUUCUCUCCUUUUGACCGUCCCAAGCAAGCAAUUCCAUCAAGCACCUGCUCAUCCUCGAACCACUAGUGUGUGAAAAGUCUCAUCGUUUUUUAUCAGAUUUCUUAGUGUCUGCUCAGAAACAUAGAGGGGUGUGUGGAAAUGGCGGCUCCAGGGAAUGGGAAUGCGGUUGGAGGAGGAGGGGAUGCGUGGAGGGCGCACGCGGCCAUGGUGCUGGUGCAGCUCUGCUAUGGAGGGUACCACGUAAUUACCAAAGUGGCCCUCAACGUCGGCGUCAAUCAGCUCGUCUUCUGUGUCUUCCGAGACCUCCUCGCUCUCUCUAUCCUCGCCCCCAUCGCCUACGUCCGCGAGAGAAGGACGCGGCUUCCCAUGACCAAACGCCUCCUUGUGUCUUUUCUCUUCUUGGGAUUAACUGGGAUUUUUGGCAACCAGCUGUUGUUUCUUAUUGGUCUUAGCUACACGAAUCCAACUUACGCUGCUGCCAUUCAACCUGCCAUUCCUGUCUUCACCUUCCUCUUUGCAGUUAUGAUGGGUACAGAAACAGUGAAUUUGCUUAGGAUUGAGGGUCAGGCAAAGGUUGGAGGCACUCUUCUCUGCGUUUGCGGUGCAGUAUUAAUGGUUGUGUUCCGUGGCCCUGCUUUGAUUGGAUACAAGGAAGCAGAUUUUGCUGCACACAGUGAGAUAAUAGCCAGGAGUCAACCGGAGCCUGCGGGAUGGUUCUUAUCCAGCUUCUUGGAGUUUGGAAUUGAAGAUUGGCACCUCGGGAUUCUAUGUCUGAUUGGAAAUUGCAUGUGCAUGGCCGCCUUCCUAGCUAUUCAGGCUCCAGUUUUAACCAAAUAUCCUGCAAGCCUCUCCGUAACGGCAUAUUCAUACUUCUUUGGUGCUGUAUUUAUGGUAACUGCUGCAUUCUUCAUGACAAGCGAGUCAACAGAUUGGAGCCUCACACAGUCAGAGCUUUUUGCCGUCGUCUAUGCUGGAGUAUUUGCAUCUGCUCUUAACUAUGGACUGUUGACAUGGUCAAAUAAGAUCCUUGGACCGGCUUUGGUUGCUUUGUACAAUCCACUUCAACCUGCUGCGUCUGCCUUUCUGUCAAGAGUAUUCCUUGGGAGUCCUAUUUACUUGGGGAGCAUCAUAGGAGGAGCCCUUAUUAUUGGGGGACUUUAUGUGGUUACCUGGGCAUCCUACAGAGAGAGACAAGCCGUGAUUGGGAUUCUUCCUCACGUCACUCGAUCAUCAGAAUCGCCGGUUCACAAAGAUGGCCCAAUUAACAAGUUGUCCGACCAGAGAGGACUCAUUUUCUCGGGAUCUUCUACAGCGUUACACAAAGCUUUGGAUUGAUCUCAGACGUCAGGGACGGCAUUGUGAGUGACGGGCUUACGAGUACCUAGUUUUCUAGAUGAGGUACGUAUUCGAAGCCCUGGGCCAUUUCAGUUGAGCUUUGGAAGAGGUCCCUCUUGAACCUGUUGACUCUGCUAGAGGUGUCCUGCCUACUACCUGUUGCUCUAUUGGAACAUGUUUGGUGGAAGGAAUUGGAGGCAGAAUAGAAUGCAGGCUGGAUGGAGUGCCCAUUGCAGUUUCUGCAUUCGGUGGGAGCUUUUGGGGGCGGCUAUCGUUGGGCUUCAUUUGUUACGCGGAAAGACUAGUUGUUGGAAAACAUGUUUCUUAUCCAUUUGGCAUUGUUGAAGAGGAUGAGAGCAAUGCAAAUUGUGCUUAGAUUCUAACAGACGGUUUACGUUUCUUGAAAGCGGAAAUGGCUUUGUGUAAGCAGAAUUCGU